AUGUACUCUGUUGUGUUUGUCGAAACUGAACGCUCAGGCGAGUUCGUAUGUGAAGUACCGAUCCCAGGUCUCAAGACAUUUAGUACAAAUCCAUUUUUCAUUGGAAUUUAUACUUUUUACCAACGUCCUAAUAAUUUCGAAUUAAAAGUUCCUUGCACAAUUGGAAAUCAAAAGGGAUAUAUUCUUUUAUAUUCAGAACUCCAAAACGUUGGAUUUUAUCAUUGUCCAGUGUUUUUAGAAGAUGGUGCAAAAUCAAAAUAUUGGUCUAGCUUUGAUAUCCAGCUUGUAACAUCCAAUAUAUCCAAUAUGUAUGCACAUGUCAAAUUAGGAUUUGAUAACUUGCUAUGUAUCGGACAUCGUGGAUUCGGAAUGAACAAAGUUUCUCCAUCUAUCUUGGAGAACACAGUUACUUCAUUUAAUCACGCGAUGAAACAUGGUUCUGAUAUGAUUGAGUUAGAUGUUCAGUUCACCAAAGAUCAAAUCCCUGUAAUUUUCCACGAUUUCACUAUUAAAUGCAACAAAUCGAUUCCAAAUGAAAAGCCAGUAUCAGAAGAGAACGGAAUCUAUGAGUAUGCUGUUUAUCAAUUAACAUUAGAACAGCUUCAUAAUUGGGGAAUUGAAUCAAACUAUAAAACUCCAAUUCCAUCAUUGCAAGAAAUCCUUACUCAAGUUCCAGAGAGUUCCCCCAUGGAUAUCGAAGUUAAAGCAAUUCACGAAGAGAUAAGAUUGUUUAAUAAGGUUGCUUAUCCUGAACGCAACAUGUUUGUUGAUUCGGUUCUUUCCGUUAUUGAUAAGUAUAUCGGUUCCAGGAACAUUAUUUUCUCAACGUUCGACCUAAUGACCGCAAUUAUGUUAAAACUCAAACAGAACAAGUUCCCGGUACUUCAGCUCUCAUGUGUCGAAGAUUUCGAACCAGAGAUUGUUGGAAUGAGCAGAUUAAUGGCUUGCAUCAAUGCUCAUAAGGAUCUCGGAAUUAAUGGAUUCGUUCUUGACAGUGAAUUGGUUCUAAAAUACAAAGACAUGGCCACCAAUAUUGUUAACCAGAACUACGCCCUUUUCACUUAUGGAAAAGGAAAUUAUGAAGAAAAAACUGUUUUGGAACAGUUGAAGAUGGGUGUUCGCGGAAUUUGCACAGACUUCUGCGAACCAAUAUCAAAGGUUGUUCACUCUCAUAUGUAA